CGCGCGCGUCCCGGCGCGCAUUGGAGACCCGCCCUGGGCGCUCUUGGAAAGGGAGGCGGAGGAAGGAAGGAAGGAAGGAAGCGGGCAAAGAGAAGCCCUUUGUGCAGCUCAGCCGCUCCGAGCGCAGCUCGCCUUUCGCUUGCCUCGGCCGGGCGAGCAAAGAUGGCCAUCCCUCCAAACUCGCAUCCCGACGCCCACUGUGCUCCUCCUGUCUCUCAUUUGACUUACUUUGCAACGAAGAUGUGCUGCCAUCUGUUGAUCGCAGGUCUUUUGCUGUCAACUCUGGCUGGUGCCCUGGAACUCGAGGUCCCUGAUGACCCUGUGGUCGCCAUCUUUGGCCGCGACGCCAUCUUGCGCUGCUCCUUCUCUCCCGACGCCAACUUCAGCCUGGACGACCUGACCCUCAUCUGGCAGCUGACCGACACCAAGCGGCUGGUGCACAGCUUUGCCGGGGGCCGGGACCAGCUGGCCAACCAACGGGGCGACUACGCCAACCGCACCGCCCUCUUCUAUGACCAGCUGCCCCGGGGCAACGUCUCCCUGCUGCUGCACCGCGUGAGGAUCGCUGACGAAGGGAGCUUCACCUGCUUUGUCCGGGUCACGGACUACGGUAGCGCGGCCGUCACACUGCAGGUGGCAGCUUUCUACUCCAAGCCCAACAUGAAUCUGGAACCCAACAAGAAUCUGAAGCCGGGGGACCUGGUAACGGUGACGUGCCACACCUUUUCCGGCUAUCCCGAGGCGAUUGUGGUCUGGCAAGACGGCCGUGGCAGCAACAUCACGGAGAACAUCACCACCUCCCAGGUGGCCAACGAGGAGGGCCUCUUUGAUGUUCGGAGUGUCCUGCGGGUCGUGCUGGAGCCCAACAGCACUUACAGCUGCUUGGUGAAGAACCCCUUGCUACGGCAGGAAACGCACGCCUCGGUCACCAUCACCGGUCAGCACCUCCUGUUUCCAGCGGUGGCUCUCUGGGUAACAGUGGGAUUGGCCGUCUGCCUUGUUGUCCUUUUGAUUGUCCUGGCAUAUGUGUGCCAGAAGAAGAUCCGACAGAGCUGCAAAGAAGAGAAAGAGAACGCCGGAAUAGAGGAUGAAGGAGAAGGAUCCAAGACAGCUUUGCAGCCCCUGAAGAACAUGGACGUCAAAGAAGACAUUGGAGAAGAGAUUGACUGAUGGGGAUGAGCAGAGAUGCAAUAACGACACCCCGGGGUUCAUGUUGGCAGGCCGUGCCCUCCCGUCCCGUCCCAGAGACUUUCCUCCAGCGAUGGUCUGUAGAAACAUGUUGGAGGGACGGCUGCACAGACCUCUUGCCCGGACCUGCACCUUGCUGAUUUUGGCCCCGUCGCCUUUCCCCGCUUCCUUCUCAUACAUAAAGAUCAACCCUGGAUCGACUUGGCUGCAUUCCCCCCCUCUACACCCCCCUCCCCAGAAUUCUCAUUGUGCGUUUAGACACAGAGCACAUCCUCCUUUUCUUCUUACUCAUCCUUUCCUCCCCACCCGAAAUCCUUCUUCACAGACUUGUGCGCUGCACUGUCAGUUCGACAACAAAGGUCUCAUCAACAUAGCAAACUCUGCCUUGGCAGGAAUGUGGACCCUACUCUGUGCCGUACUGGAAGGGUAGAGAGCAUGGAUCAACUCGGCACCCUCUGCUGUGAGAGUGACCCAGGAGACUGUGGUGCCCAGAGCCGUUUCAGGUUCUUUUCUGCCACCGGUUGGAUUUAUGAGCAGGGAUUCUGUCUUUUCAAUUUUGAGCUAGACCGGUUUGGUCCCCUCCCCUCCCCUCCCCUCUUUUGCUGGAGGCACAAUCCUUUGCAGUGGUGAAUUUUGAAGUGCAAACCUUAACGAUCUGGCCUCCUCAUGACAAUCCCCAUUGCUCAGCCCCUAAGGGCAGGCCAGAUAUUCAGGCAGCCGUGCUGAUCCGGAUCAACAAAACACUUCUAGCGUUUUUCAUCUCUGCUGGGAGCAGUUCUUUUGUCAUGUGGAUGGGUCUUAAUUGCCCGUUGGAGACCAAGCCCACCCCAAAAGGCUUUGCGUUGCAACAGGGAUAGCUCUCAACAGCGCACUUCUGCAGGGGAAAUCCAUCCCCGUCCUUUUCCUCAGCUGCUGUGAGCGUUGCAACUGUGCUCAGAGAUAGGUAGCCUGAUGGGUGGCAGAUAGUACAAUCAGCCCUGCCAAUCAAGAUGUCCCAGCGCUUUGACCCUGUGAGCCCCCCGAUACCACUACAUCACGGGUCCUUUGCCACAUGUACUUGCUUCUAUAACUUCACCAUGAGAGCUGCCAAGGAACAGGAAAAUGGCCGUAGCUCAGUGGGCAACGCACAUGGUGGAAGGCCUCGGGUUUGACCCUUAACAUCUCCAACAAGGAGCAUCACUAGGAGGUGCCGGCAGGAAGAGAUCUCUCCUGUAAACUCCAGAGAGCUGUUGCUAGCUAAAGAAGUCGGCUCUGGACUGGGUGGAGUGAUGGACUGGUUUGCUCGGCUGGCCCUGAAUCUUAACAGUUAAUAUAAUGCACACAAGUAAUAACUUUAAGAUUAAGAGUCAACCGUCCUCCAGGUGAGCUGGUCUUCACUCUCCCGUGAAGGAAAGGACUCGACCUUUGCAUGAAGAUGCCUGGCGUUCAAUAACCCCACUUCCCAACUGCACCCUUCAUUCUGCAGUUGUUAUAAAAGAGAGGUGCAGAACCGUUUUCAGCCCGAGGGGCAAAUUCCGGGAACCACAUCUCAGUGGUGGGCGGGGCUAAAAGCAAAGGGGAAGAGCCCAAAUAGCUGCAUAUUUUAGCCUGAAGCUCUUACUGCCAGUAACUAAGCUUUAGGAGGGACAUUUCAACCUUUUAGAAUGUGGAAGGGGGGAAUGGAAACCACCAAUCAAUCAGUGG